AUGCACUUAACUGGUUUUGAAAAUAUCUUUUUUGGUGAUCACACCGAAAAAGCCUUCCAAAAUACACCUACCAGCCGAUUCGUCCGUAAACUCAUAAAUAUCAUACAUUUUAAAGCGUAUUAUUUUUCUGGAGCUCAAGUCCACCGCGUGCCGCACUUGGGUAGUACAUAUUUUGAAUCUAUUUUGAAUGCCCUUUCGAUUAAAAAUAGUUUUGAAAAUAUCUUUUUUGGUGAUCACACCGAAAAAGCCUUCCAAAAUACACCUACCAGCCGAUUCGUCCGUAAACUCAUAAAUAUCAUACAUUUUAAAGCGUAUUAUUUUUCUGGAGCUCAAGUCCACCGCGUGCCGCACUUGGGUAGUACAUAUUUUGAAUCUAUUUUGAAUGGCCUUUCGAUUAAAAAUAGUUUUGAAAAUAUCUUUUUUGGUGAUCACACCGAAAAAGCCUUCCAAAAUACACCUACCAGCCGAUUCGUCCGUAAACUCAUAAAUAUCAUACAUUUUAAAGCGUAUUAUUUUUCUGGAGCUCAAGUCCACCGCGUGCCGCACUUGGGUAGUACAUAUUUUGAAUCUAUUUUGAAUGCCCUUUCGAUUAAAAAUAGUUUUGAAAAUAUCUUUUUUGGUGAUCACACCGAAAAAGCCUUCCAAAAUACACCUACCAGCCGAUUCGUCCGUAAACUCAUAAAUAUCAUACAUUUUAAAGCGUAUUAUUUUUCUGGAGCUCAAGUCCACCGCGUGCCGCACUUGGGUAGUACAUAUUUUGAAUCUAUUUUGAAUGCCCUUUCGAUUAAAAAUAGUUUUGAAAAUAUCUUUUUUGGUGAUCACACCGAAAAAGCCUUCCAAAAUACACCUAAUAGCCGAUUCGUCCGUAAACUCAUAAAUAUCAUACAUUUUAAAGCGUAUUAUUUUUCUGGAGCUCAAGUCCACCGCGUGCCGCACUUGGGUAGUACAUAUUUUGAAUCUAUUUUGAAUGCCCUUUCGAUUAAAAAUAGUUUUGAAAAUAUCUUUUUUGGUGAUCACACCGAAAAAGCCUUCCAAAAUACACCUAAUAGCCGAUUCGUCCGUAAACUCAUAAAUAUCAUACAUUUUAAAGCGUAUUAUUUUUCUGGAGCUCAAGUCCACCGCGUGCCGCACUUGGGUAGUACAUAUUUUGAAUCUAUUUUGAAUGCCCUUUCGAUUAAAAAUAGUUUUGAAAAUAUCUUUUUUGGUGAUCACACCGAAAAAGCCUUCCAAAAUACACCUACCAGCCGAUUCGUCCGUAAACUCAUAAAUAUCAUACAUUUUAAAGCGUAUUAUUUUUCUGGAGCUCAAGUCCACCGCGUGCCGCACUUGGGUAGUACAUAUUUUGAAUCUAUUUUGAAUGCCCUUUCGAUUAAAAAUAGUUUUGAAAAUAUCUUUUUUGGUGAUCACACCGAAAAAGCCUUCCAAAAUACACCUACCAGCCGAUUCGUCCGUAAACUCAUAAAUAUCAUACAUUUUAAAGCGUAUUAUUUUUCUGGAGCUCAAGUCCACCGCGUGCCGCACUUGGGUAGUACAUAUUUUGAAUCUAUUUUGAAUGCCCUUUCGAUUAAAAAUAGUUUUGAAAAUAUCUUUUUUGGUGAUCACACCGAAAAAGCCUUCCAAAAUACACCUACCAGCCGAUUCGUCCGUAAACUCACAAAUAUCAUACAUUUUAAAGCGUAUUAUUUUUCUGGAGCUCAAGUCCACCGCGUGCCGCACUUGGGUAGUACAUAUUUUGAAUCUAUUUUGAAUGCCCUUUCGAUUAAAAAUAGUUUUGAAAAUAUCUUUUUUGGUGAUCACACCGAAAAAGCCUUCCAAAAUACACCUACCAGCCGAUUCGUCCGUAAACUCAUAAAUAUCAUACAUUUUAAAGCGUAUUAUUUUUCUGGAGCUCAAGUCCACCGCGUGCCGCACUUGGGUAGUACAUAUUUUGAAUCUAUUUUGAAUGCCCUUUCGAUUAAAAAUAGUUUUGAAAAUAUCUUUUUUGGUGAUCACACCGAAAAAGCCUUCCAAAAUACACCUACCAGCCGCGUGGCAUAUACAUUUUAA